CCCAGCGCGGGCGCCGGGGGCGGAGCUCGGCGCCGAGGCAGACCGGGUGUCCGAGGCUCCGGCUGCGCGAGGUGGGGGCUGUCCGGGGCGCAGCCAGGCGGCCGCGAUCUCCGCGGGACACGCUCCGCUGCGGCCCGAGGCGGCGACAUGAGCGCCGCGGGGCUGCUGGCUCCGGCGCCCGCUCCGGCUGCAGCGCCGCCCGCCCCGGAGUACUACCCCGAGGACGACGAGGAGCUGGAGAGCGUCGAGGACGACGAGCGCAGCUGCCGGGGCCGAGAGUCCGACGAAGACACUGAGGAUGCCAGCGAGACCGACCUGGCUAAGCACGAUGAGGAAGACUACGUGGAGAUGAAGGAACAGAUGUACCAGGACAAACUGGCGUCUCUGAAGAGGCAGCUGCAGCAGCUGCAGGAAGGUACGUUACAGGAGUAUCAGAAGAGGAUGAAGAAGCUGGACCAGCAGUACAGAGAGAGGAUCCGGAAUGCAGAACUCUUCCUCCAGCUGGAAACAGAGCAGGUGGAAAGGAAUUACAUUAAGGAGAAGAAGGCGGCUGUGAAAGAGUUUGAGGACAAGAAGGUGGAGCUGAAGGAGAACCUGAUUGCCGAGCUCGAGGAGAAGAAGAAGAUGAUUGAGAAUGAGAAGCUCACGAUGGAGCUCACCGGAGAUUCUAUGGAAGUGAAACCCAUCAUGACCAGAAAAUUACGGAGGCGACCAAACGAUCCUGUCCCCAUUCCAGACAAGAGGAGAAAACCAGCUCCUGCUCAGCUAAACUACUUGUUAACAGACGAGCAGAUCAUGGAAGAUCUGAGAACACUGAACAAGCUUAAGUCACCCAAGAGACCAGCCUCCCCGUCCUCUCCUGAACACUUGCCUGCCACACCUGCAGAGUCUCCAGCACAGAGAUUUGAGGCGCGGAUAGAAGAUGGCAAACUGUAUUAUGAUAAGAGAUGGUACCACAAGAGCCAGGCCAUCUACCUGGAGUCUAAGGACAACCAGAAACUGAGCUGUGUGAUCAGCUCAGUAGGAGCCAAUGAGAUCUGGGUGAGGAAGACCAGCGACAGCACCAAGAUGCGGAUCUACCUGGGCCAGCUGCAGCGCGGGCUCUUCGUGAUCCGCCGGCGAAAAUUCUUAACUUACCGGGACUAGCUCCUUGGCCUGGGACAUGGAGAGCACUGUGGAGUCUUCAGGGCGCUCACGUGGCCGCCACCUCCAUCUCUGUCCACUCUGUCCUGCUCCGCCUCUUCCAGAACUCAGUCACCAGAGACUCUUACUUUCGGAGUCCGGGGUCACCACCUUCCUUGUAUUCCACUCUUGUCCUGUUUUGUUUAUACUUGAUCUUUUUUCCGACCUCCUUGGAGUUUGAAGGGAAGCUGUUUUUAACAAUUAUCUCUAGGUCUCUGAAGAGCAUCGGGUGUGCUUUCCUGCCUGAAUCUGAUUGGCAGAUUGUGUGCCUGCUUCCUACCUUGGGCCCAGAAGCGUGGGGCAGGAGAGUUCUCCUGACUGCUUUUCUUGGAGAAAUAAAUGACACAGAACAUCUCACCUGCUACUCCGCUGACUGACUUCACUCUGGAUACCGCAGCCAGCGGACGGGGCUGGGGGAGGGGCGUGGCAUGCUCACCGCAGGCUGGAGUCACCACUGCAAACAGUCUCCAGCAAACACGAUUUAUUUAGACACCCCGGUCCCUGUUCAGGGUGGAAGAAGUGGCCAUUUCAGAAGUUUGCGUCUGUAACUCCUCUCUCUAGCUCCCAGUGGCUGCAAGUGUUUAUCGUGUGCCCCACUGUGGUGUGGGUUCUCGAUAAGUGGGGUGGCAGAGUGGGUGCCCCAUGUGUGGUCCGUGCCUCACUCCUGAGCUGGACCCACCAUGAUGCUGGGCUGUUCAACACCAUGGAACCCCCAACCUCCCAUGAGGUUUGUCCCGCAUCAGUGACAAGGAGAGCUCUGUCAAAGCUGCAGCCACCACGUCUGUGUGCUGCUUGAGCCCCAGCGAAGCCCCCUGCCUUGGCCCUCUUGCCCCCUGGGCCGGCCAUUGGAGAAAGGACUGGUGCGGCUGAGCAGAGGACUCCUCGGGCUCUAGCUGCCAGCAUGCCGUGGGAAGCGAAGCGGACCAGAGUGCCUGUCACCAGCCCUGGGCUAUCAGUAUACUGUCCACACCUUGUCUUCCUCUUAGCCCCUCGGACUCCAUCGGUGUUGCCCCCUGGUGCCCCAUGGAAGACUGUACAGAACCAUUGUUUAUUUAUAGCCACUCUCCCAUUGGAUUUUUAAGAAAACAGGAUAAACGAUGAUGUUUAUGAAUUA